AAAGCAUUCCAUUGUUGGAUAAAGCCGUAAAUGGGAGUUCUUCAGGAGAGAGAGUUUUGUCUGUGGGCGGCUUGUCAUAGCUAACCUCCUGGAUAUGAUGCGCUGAAAAAGAACAGAACAAAAUCUUCAGCAUGGCAAGUGCCCAGCAAUCCGCUCAGGAAUUCCUCCAAAAUGGCCGCACUUUGCUAAUUACAGGUCAUUUAAAUUGUGAUCAUAUAAUUGAAGCCCUAAACAAGUGCAAGCUUUUCAUGAACCAUGAACUUAAUUCAGUUAAAUCUUCAGAAGAUAAUCAGGACAAGAUCAGAACUAUUCUGGACAUGGUUAUUUCUAUGGGAGAGGAGGCAUGCUAUGCAUUUUUAAAAAUACUUGACAAAAAAAGAUUUCAAGUAUUUCCAAGACCUGGUUUGGGCUAUAGAGAUUUGCAUCACUGGAUUAGCUGCUUCUCCUUUCGGGAUGAGCCACAGUCUCACACUGCAAGCAAAACAGACUCAGAUCCUUGUACCAAAUACCAGCACCUUUUGAGAUGGAAAGCAAGACAGAUACAGGAUGAAAAAUGGAACCAAAGUAUGAAUUUCUUAAAAAAAGAACAAAAAAUGAAGCCCUUCAUGUACAUACCUCUAGUUAUGGACACUGAUUACGGCACAGUUUCAAAACAAAAAAAGAGCAAGGGAUCCAAGAAAUCUCGCUCUAAGAAACUGAAGACAUGCAUUCCAACAGACAAGAAAAUAUUGUCUCCUAAAGAUUUAUUAAUGAAUGACGAAAAAAGCAUCCUUCUAGUGGGGAAACCUGGAGUGGGCAAGACAACAGUUGCUCUAGAGAUUCUCAGACUCUGGACUGAAGAGAAAAGUCAAGAGAGUUAUAUGUUUUAUUUUGAUGAGCCACUGAUGAGAGUCUUCUCACAGACUUCAUAUCCACAGACGUUGAAGGAUCUUCUUUUUGAGAAGUACUUAUCUCCGCAAAAAGAAGCAGAUUAUGUGCUGGAAAAUAUUCAGAGAAAUUCAGAGAAUGUUGUUCUAAUUUUCGACGGUGUCAUGGAUGUGACCGAAAACUCUGUUAUCAAGCAGCUCAUGGAGAAAAAACUUCUAAAGGAUGCAAAGGUCUUGACCACAUGCAGGCCAGAAGCCGAGGAUACAGGUUACCUGUCAGACUGGCAGUCUUAUCGAGUGGAGGUUCAGGGCUUUAAUCACAAAUCAAUAUGUGAAUACUUUAAAUGGAUGUUGGGAACAACAGAUGACAUGGGUGCUUUGGAAAACCCAGAGCUAUUCAGUUUAUGUUCUGUACCGCUGUAUGCAUUCAUAGUAACUGCGUGCAUUUCAGCAAUUCCUACUAAAGAAAGGAGUAAGCCAUUGACCGUUACUGAGAUGUAUGUCCGCAUUUUUCGCUUUUGCAUGAAACAACAUGGAAACCAAAAUGUGGAGUACUUAGAUAAGUAUAUUGCAGACAAUAAGAGGGAUAUCGUGAACUUAGCACAAGCCUCUUAUCAAGCAAUGCAAGCAAGGACUGUGAAUCUGUCCAAUUUGGAUUAUGAAGACAAAUUUGUGCAAAAUGCAUUCUUGACAAGGCAAUUUAGGAACCCAUCAACAACCUCUUGCAACGUGUUUGCCUUUUUGCAUAAUACAAUGCAAGAGUUUUGGGCAGCUCUCUUUCUCAUUUUAAAUCCUGAUUGUAUCACCAAUGUCUUGAAUCAAUGCCGCAGCGAUGAAGAUGGGAAAUACCUCAAAUAUAUAAUCCCGUUUUUGAUUGGACUUCUCUCUGAUAAUCUAGUUGACCUUAUAAAGUGUUUGGUGCCAGUAAAACAGAUACAUGCCACACGUGCCAAGUACUUUCAACAGAUUAUAGGUACUUUCCUCUACACUCAAGAACAGAAUGAAGAGGGGGAUUAUGAGCAGGAUGUGGAAGCUGACAACAUUCUUUUUGUGUGUCGAUGCCUUUAUGAAUAUCAGUCUCCUGAGGCAUGCCUAGUUUUCCUGGAAAAGCUUCAAUAUGAGAUUGAUUUAGAGGACCAAACACUUGAUCCUCACCAGUGCUGUGUAGUAUCCUAUGUGGUUAAUCAAGCUAGGCAUCAGAAUAUUGAUCUAAACCUCGAGGGUUGUAACAUUACUGACCCUGGGUUGAAACUACUUCUAGGCUCAUUGAAAAAUUUUAAAAAUCUGAGGUAAUUAAUCACAUUUCUACUCCUUUUGAUCAAUGCAUGGCAAUUACAAGAAUUAUAUACUGUGAAAGUAUCUUUCUCCACUUUUUUAUUCCUAGGUCGACAAACAGGUUGCAAUCUCAGAUGUGGAGAGUGGCUCUUGAAGCAGAACAGUUUUCAGAUUUUGAUAGCCUGCUUAGAUCAUUCAGCUUUGAAAUGCACCUUUGCAUACAUGAAAUACUAAAUCAGAAAGUGUUUCAAAGGAUAGGAGAAGUGCUUAAAAAGAAAAGAUCAAACAGUGUUCAUCUUUUUCUGCACGUAAAGGAAAAAUUCAUUACAAGACCGUUGCAGAUGGCCAUUUUUGAGAGUUUACCCAAUAUUGCAACCAUUAGGAUUUUUCCUCAGCAAUUUCAAGUAGCUGUAGAAACAAAGCUCUAUCUUCAAGGAGCUGUUCAUGAGAUGGAAACAGGUCAUCGAUGUGUAAGGAAUCUGCUGUCAGUUUUCAGCAAAAAUCCAAGAGAAAACUUUGAGGAACUUUGUAGAAUUUUGCUGACACUUUAUGAAGAUGUGAAGAACUUGGAUGUUCUCUCAUUAUUGCAACCUGUUUUCUAUGCAAUGCCACCCACAUGGGUUGUACAUCCUUCAACCCCGUCAUUGUCACUGCUCCUCCAAACCAUGAAAGUUCUAAAUUUAAAGAAGCCUGCCGAACUAGAUCAUGCCACGUAUCCGCUAAGUGAACUUAAACUAUUUCUACAGUGUAUUCCCUACAUUACAGAAAUUAGGUUCAGUGCUGCUCUCAGACAAUCUGAUGAUAUCCACAAAAUUGUGAAGACUGUGGCUGAUCUUUUCAUUCUUGCAUCUGAAUGUGGAGAGAAGGAACUGAAAAGGCUUUCUACAGCAUGCAGUUACUCAAACUUUCCAUUUUCCGGAGAAAGCAAAAUUUUGCAGAGCAUUUUCUUUUUAGGUCUCUUCAGCCAGCUGAAGGAACGUUCAUCAUGGCAGACAGUACUACUAGUACUGAAACCUAUUCUAAAUGUUGCCCCUUCUGUAUGGACAGUGGACCUACUAAAACUAGAGAAGACAUCUGUUUUUACUGAACUUCUAAAGCUUCAGGCCCUUCGAAAACCUGUAGAGCUUAUGAGUGGAUCAUGCAAAAAAGAAAAGCUUAGGUUUUUCCUAAAUUGUUUACCCUAUGUUUCAGAAUUUCGCUGUGAUGAGCAGUUUUUCCAGACCGUUUGUGAGGUCCUUUUAACUGACAGUGAGUGGAAUCCAAAACAGAUUGCUGAGCUUUUGAGAUCCCUUGGUUUUAGCAUAUCGUUGAUUGGCAUGCUGUCAAGUCACCUCUGCAAAGCUGUUGGAAGUGUUUUUGAACAGCUGGAAAAAGACUGCAUCUCUCUCAAUCUUCUCCCUCAAAAGAUCUCUUAUCAAGGUUGUGCCUACCUCUUUUCAAAAGUGAGAAAGCUUAAAACCUUGAGAGUAAAUGAAAUUGCAGCUUCAAAGUUGACAAGACUGGCCAGGUCAGACAAAGAAAUGCACCCUAUAACUGUGGAAGAACUGUCUGUGGUUUUGUCGGACUGUAAUUUGCAAAAAAGAGAACUUUGUCAGCUAUUAAGCAGUCUGACUUCCCUUCUUAGAGUCUGGACAGUCCACAGCUUGAACCUUUCAGAGUGUCAAAUUGAGCCUCACAUGUUCAUUUGUCUGCUGUGUCAUCAGAGUCCCCUAUCCAUUAGAUUUCAUGAAGACACGCUGCAACAGUUAGCAGAAGUUGUGUGUGACGCUCAAGAUGAAAACCUUACACAGUUGUUCCUGGAGAAAAUUGAUGGCGAUUUGUCACCUUGUUGUUUGUCCUGGGAUGUGUUAUCUUGUCUAAUUCAGGUCGCCAAAAAAAAAGUGACAAUAGACCUUUCAGAAGACAGAUUUAAUGUUCUAAACAUUCCACGUCUUCUUCCUGUACUGGACAAAGUUUGUUUUAAAAGCAUAAGUCCACUGAUGGUCAGGGCUGCACUGAAAGAGAUAUAUGAAGAACGAGCAGGUCAUCUGAUUGUGAAAUUAGUCCAAUCUUCAGCUAACCUGAUUAACCUCUGCAUGAGAGAGCUGGAUUCAGCUGAUUGCAAAGCCCUCUGCUUUGCCCUGCACUAUAGUGAUGGAGUUAAGCUCAACCUCUUGAACUCUGUCAUUCCAAAUAAUGAGACUGACAGCAUUGUUAAACUCAUGCACAGAGUUUCAGAACUGAGGGUUGAUAGAAAACUGUUGUUGAACUUUCUUCACAUGUCUAAGAACAUGUGGAAACAAGGACAUGCCCUCUUGACCGCUCUGAACAACAAGCUGGACUUCUCCUUCAGUUCUUCCCUCGACAGUGGUUUUGCUCAGGAGAAAGAGGAUCUUCUAACUCUGUGUUAUAUGGAUUGUGAAGCCAUUACUUCUGCUAUUGAAACAUCAACAUUUGAGACAGAAUUAAUUUUAUAUGACUGCCAAGCAGAGGAUUCUGCACUUGAGACUCUAUUCCCUGUUCUACACAAAGUGCAUCUUCGCUUGGGCAAAAGCCUUCUCUGUCAGCUUGUGACAUUAAUUUCCAAUGCCCCCAUGGCUAUGUCUUUGAAAUGGGCAUCUUCACUUUCCAAAGCACUUGGAAAAGAGCUGGACCUCAGUGACACUCCUCUUAAUUACCGUACCUGUGAGUCUCUGCAGUUAGUCCUGGAUUACACAGAGGAUCUUACACAUCUCAAUCUCAGCCAUUGCCAGAUUACAGAUGCAUGCUUAGACCUUUUCCUCCCUCACCUUCACAAAAUACUGACAUUAGAUUUUACAGGAAAUUACAUAACUGACAAAGGUGUACUGAGACUACGCACAGCCUUAGAUGUGAACCAUUUCACAAAGGCAAUAUGCCUUUGUGACAAUCACAUAACAGAGAUUGGCCUCCUGAUGGAAGAAUCACGCUUUGAAACCCAACCGGCUAGUACGAGAUGCUCUCAGAAGUACAUUACAAAAGAUUUGCAAUCAAACAGCAAAACCGAAAAAUCAAUGACAGCUUUUGUUCAGAGGGAAGAUACUGUAAAGGAGUUUGAACCUGAAAUAGCUGUAAUUAAUGGCGAGAUUUCCUAUAGGUUUCAGUGUGAAUCAGAAGGCUUUUUCAUGUGCGGCGCAACUGGACUUGUGUUUGGAAUGAAAAGCAGUGGAUGUGUAGAGUACAGUGUAGUUCACUGGGAUCCCUAUCACCUCAUCAACACUCGCUAUGAGCCUGCCGGACCUCUGUUUGAUAUCAAAACCCCUGCAGGAGAAAUCUAUGAACUUCAUCUCCCACACUGUGAAACACAUGUUGAUGCAAUAGGAAAUAUUUCAGUGAUUCAUAUGCACAACAAGGACUCUCGGGAGUUCCUCUCUCCAUUUAAAAUUUCAAAAACGCAUGUAGCUGUAAAUAUCUCUGGCUUAUCUACCUAUGGCACUGUGUAUGAGAAUGAUGAACAAAGCAGAAGCAUCCGUGGACAAGUGCUCCUGUUUCAUGAACCUGAUUUGUCAGAAGCACUGCAAAGACUGUGGGUUUUCCUAUUGCCAGGAAACGUACCACUCUCAGAGAUAAAAGCUCAACAACAAGAGUAUGUGUAUAUCCAGACCACCUCUGACUGAAAACUAAAGAAAAAUGCAAAGUACACACUGAUCUCUAAAAAAGCCACAAGAGUCCAACCAAAGGGAAAAGUAUUUGAACUCUUGCAUGCUGGUAAUUACCAUCCUGCAUUUGAGGUCUUUUUUGAUAAAGAUGUUACUGAACUCCGAAUUAAAAUUCAGCGUAAAAUGAAAGAAAGCAAUAAGAUUACCUUUAAAACUGCAUGGAACCGCUGGAUAACUCUCAAGAAAAGCACAAAUAAAAACACACACUCGACAGCUGAAGAACAUUCAAUCCUUGGAG